GACCAAGUGACUUCCCUCCAAAGUACCAUAAGUCACUCUUGGGUGCCGUGAGAACAGUGACCCGGGUUCUCCCAUCACCAGGAUGUCUCAGGAUGUGACCUACGCUGACCUGAGAUUCGGGAAGGUUCCUCUGGAGAAGAUCCAGCGGCAAGGUACUGCGAGACUGUCUGUCUGUCUGUCCAAACCUCCCAACGGCUUUGCAGCUUUUUCAGUACUACGGCAAAGUUUGCUGCUCACUCCCAUCUCCUUUUCCAGAGACAACUGAGGAGGAGCUCACCUACGAGAACGUCCAGGGGGCCAGGCCUGAGGAAGAAAAGGCCCCCAGCAGCUUAGAGCCUGCAAAAGGUGAGUGCUGAGUAUUGCCCUGGUGAGGUAGGUCUUGCCCCUGCCAGGGAGACCUCCUGCCAGUAAGGACUGGGUGGAAGAUGCUUGAAAAACCACCUCCUUACCUGCAGACCCUCUCAGGUGUUGAGAUUGGCAGAGGGAGCCCUCUUGGUGGUUCUUCUCUCCUCGGAGGCUUCUGGGGUGGUCCAGCAGGAGAGGGCCUCCUUUGUGGCGGCCCCUAAGCUGUGGCACCCUCAUUGCACAGCUUCCAGAGGAUGCUGAAGACACACCUCUUCCCCCUGGCUUUUGACCCUGGCUGUGUGUGUUUUUAAGGACCCACCUUAUUUUUGUGUGACUGUAAGUAAAGGUAAAGGGACCCCUGACCAUUAGGUCCAGUCGUGACCGACUCUGGGGUUGCGGCGCUCAUCUUGCUUUAUUGGCCGAGGGAGCCGGCGUACAGCUUCCGGGUCAUGUGGCCAGCAUGACUAAGCCGCUUAUGGCGAACCAGAGCAGUGCACGGAUCGGUGCAAACAACAAUCUUUGGAAAACCCGAAUUGCCAUUUGUUCCAAUUCCGUAUUAAAGAGUGGAUUUUCCUGGGGGAGAAGUGACUUGGACACGAACUGGAAAAAUUCUGCCUAGGAAGUGAGGGGCAAAAGGGUAGUGCGGAUGAGUCCUUAAAAGGUAAAGGGACCCCUGACCAUUAGGUCCAGUCGUGGCCGACUCUGGGGUUGCGCCGCUCAACUCGCUUUAUUGGCCGAGGGAGCCGGUGUACAGCUUCCGGGUCAUGUGGCCAGCAUGACUAAGCCGCUUCUGGCGAACCAGAGCAGCGCACGGAAACACCGUUUACCUUCCCGCCGGAGCGGUACCUAUUUAUCUACUUGACCUUCAUGCUUUCAAAAUGCUAGGUUGGCAGGAGCAGGGACCGAGCAACGGGAGCUCACCCCGUCGUGGGGAUUCGAACUGCCGACCUUCUGAUCAGCAAGUCUUAGGCUAUGUGGUUUAACCCACAGCGCCACCCGCAUCCCUUUUUGUGUGACUGUAGUUUGUUUUAAAUAUUGUUCUCUAAUUGCUGUUACCCUCCCUGGAACGUUUGGGUAAUGAAAGAAGUGUCUGCAGUACUAGAUGGGCUUGACCCAGAAGGCAAUUCUUGUGUUUAAUGAUUUAGUUAUUCCGGUAGUGAUGCUGUUUGCUGCUUUGGGCUAUCAUUUAGGAAAGGGAGGGUGGUAGGUUAUCUUUCAAAUAAAAGCAUAACAACAGUGUCUGCUUCUGAACUCUUAGGAACUAAAUGUUCUGCAUACAUAGGAGGUUUCUUGUACACUUCUCUGUUUUGCUGCUGAGUUCACUGGCUCCCAGUACGUUUCUGAGCACAAUUCAAAGUGUUGAUGCUGACCUUUAAAGCCCUAAAGGCCGCUGGCCAGUAUACCUGAAGGAGCGUCUCCACCCCCAUCGUUCUGCCCGGACACUGAGGUCCAGCGCCUAGGGCCUUCUGGCGGUUCCCUCGCUGCGAGAAGCCAAGUUGCAGGGAACCAGGAAGAGGGCCUUCUCGGUAGUGGCACCCGCCCUGUGGAACGUCCUCCCACCAGAUGUCAAAGAGAAAAAUAACUACCACACUUUUAGAAGACAUCUGAAGGCAGCCCUCUUUAGGGAAGCUUUUAAUGUUUAAUAGGUUAUUGCAUUUUAGUGUUUUAUUGGAAGCCGCCCAGAGUGGCUGGGGAAACCCAGCCAGAUGGGCGGGGUAUAAAUAAUAAAUUAUUAUUAUUAUUAUUAUUAUUAUUAUUAUUAUUAUUAUUAUUAUUAUAUUCAGUGUCCUCCUCUCCCUGCCCCUCACAAAUGCAUUCCUUUUCAUAGUUCUAAUUUGGAAACAGCAUGGUGUUUCAUUAAUAUUGCUGUGAGCUGCUUUGUUCUGGAGAUUCAGAUCCGUGGUUCCUCUUCCCUUUCCCCCCCACCCACAGCGUUUUAGAAGACAUCCGAAGGCAGCCCUGUUUAGGGAAGUUUUUAAUGCUUGAUGUUUUAUCGUGUUUUUAAUAUUCUGUUGGGAGCCGCCCCGAGUGGCUGGAGAAACCCAGCCAGAUGGGCAGGGUAUAUAUAAUAAAUUAUAUUAUUAUUAGGGGAGGGAUCAUAGAAUUGUAGAUUUGAAAGGUGGCUCCCCCCAAAGGUCCUCCAGUCCAACCCCCUGCUUUGCAGAAAUCACAACUCGAGAAUCCCUGGCAGGUAGCCAUAAGACCUCUUUUAAGAACCAGUUGCACCAAAGGGAAACCAGGAAGCAGGAUCUCUCCCCCUCCUGCAAUUUCCAACAACUGGGACUCAGAAUCAUUUCCUGCCUCUUGACUGUGGAGACUGAGCAGAGCCACUUUGGCUAGGAGCCUUUGGUAGCCCUCUCCUCCUCCUCCACGAAUUUUCCCAACUCAGUUUUGAAGCCAUCCAAGUUGGACAUUCCUGCCUCCUGUGGGAGGGAGUUCCACAGUUCAUCCCCUCCUCGGGUUUCUCUUCUAGGGCCGAGGCGUCAAACCUACUACGCAGCUGUGGCCCUCCUGGCCGUCUCCCUCUUCUUCUUUGCCACCACUGUCGGAUUCGUAGUCGGUUGUGAGUAUUUAUUUAAACUGUUUGUAACCUUCAGGAUUCACAUGGGCUCAGAAUGAGGAGCAACUUGCAGCAACACAGUAUUUAACCGAAACACAGCCUGAUGUGGAAUCAAGCAAUAUCUUCUUCUCCUUCUCCUUCUCCUCCUUCUCCUUCUUCUUCUUCUUCUUCUUCUUCCUUUUCCUCUUCUUCUUCUUCUUCUUUUUCUUCUUCUUCUUCCUUUUCCUCUUCUUCUUCUUCUUUCUUCUUUCUUCUUCUUCUUCUUUGUCAAUCCCUCGUAGCCGAGUCAGAUUGUCUUCCAUAAACACGGUUUUAACAAUGAGUCCGCAAGUGACUGUGGAGGCCAAUUCCGGAUCCACACGUCCUUCCACAGUGGGGACAUUGGUUUCUGGGAGUUGAUCAUGGUGUGGAUUUGCCAAGUGUGCCUUCCUCUUAGCACGUUUCUCCCUUGCGUCCUGAGUUCGAGUGUCUCCAAAGCCCAUGACACCUUUGGUAAAGGCUGUUCUCCAGCUGGAGCGCUCGCAGGCCAGUUUUUCCUGGUUGUUGGUGUUUAUACUACAUUUUUUUAGAUUUUGCACAUCACUUGGGAAGACAGGUGAGCUAAUAUCAGUGUACUGGAAGAAGCAAAGAUCACCGGUGUUGAAGCAAGCAAUGUACAGAGAACGUAACUGCACGAGCCAAGAGAGGCCAAAUGCCUGCUCAAAUAUUUACCUGCCACUGGAGCUCUGCUAGCAUUGGUGCUCAGUAGCAGCCAUGUUCCCAUGAGAGCACCAAUAUCUAAAAAGAGCUCUCAGGCUGGGCGAGGCCAAACAUUCACACGGUGGACUGCCAUGUACCCGAAAGGGAGGCCCCAGAGCAGGUCCUGAGUGUGAAUGUCUUCUCCAACUGUUGAUCCCCAUUAUUUGGUAUUCAGAGGUAGACUGUGCCUGGGCAUGGAGGUUCUGCUUUCUCAAUAGCCCUCCAUAGGAAGAGCCUGGCUGCUGGGUCAAGCCAGUGGUCCAUCUAAGUCCAACAUCUUGUUUGCACAGUGGUCAGUCAGAUAGACAGGGUGGGAAGAAGACUGUAGGUGGGAACUAAAUACACCAGCUAAGUGGUAUUCAGAGGCAGCUAGCCUCCAGCCUCCAGCAGUUUCCCCUCCAGGGGAAUGGGAGAGGUGGGAAAUUGCAAAUUCACAUAGCCUAACUGAGGAUUUCUUCAAAAACAGCUCUGGGUGUGUCUUUAUUUAUUUUUAUUUUAUAAAAUGUAUGCAUCGCUCAACUGUAAAACACUCCCCCGCUGCCCCCCAACCUCAAAGGGGGUUUACAAAAAUUGACACAAUCCAGCUACCACUUAAGAAAAAUUAACAGCAGUGAUUUAAAACUUUCAACCUGAGAGGCAGUGACUGGCCCAACGUCAACCCUAGUAGACUUCAUGGCCUUCAAGUGGGGAUUUAUUUAUUAUUUUAUUUCAUAAAAUUUAUAUACUGCUGUAUUGGUUUUUUUUAAAAAAAAACCAAUCCAAAAACAAGAAAAACAAGAAAAAAUUCAAAGCCAUACUUUGAAACAUACAAACAGUUAAAAUACUCGAAAUAGAUUAAAACUUCCUUUCCUUUUUAGUUCUUUUAUUCAAAAUUAAAACAAGGCAUAUUAUCCAAAAACAUAUCAUCCUUGUUUUUCCCCCCAUUUCCCCCCCAUUUUUCCUCCCUCCCCCUCCCACAAAAUCCACCCACCCCCCCCCCCCGACCUCCCUCAGUUCCUGUCUUUGGUUUCUCUGAGACUGCUGCUUUUCUGCAUGUUACAAAGUUUUAUAGAUCCUCAAACUAUUUAGCUGAUUAUUAUCAAUAAAAAGUUUGUGAAUGUUUAUUCAAAACCUGCCAAGGAGUCCAAUUCACUUUGUUGCGUCUUCAGAUAGUUUGUAAAGGGUUCCCAUUCAUCCUUAAAGUCACAGUUAUGCUUGUCCCGUAGCUUAUAUGUCAGUUUUGCCAGUUCUGCAUAGUCCGUCAAUUUUUCUUGCGUGAUUCUUUAGAAUCAACUAAAGAAUCAGAUUACAGUGGUGCCUCUCAAGACGAAAUUAAUCCGUUCUGCGAGUCUCUUCGUCUUGCGGUUUUUUCGUCUUGCGAAGCACGGCUAUUAACGGCUUAGCGGCUUAGCGGCUAUUAGCGGCUUAGCGGCCUAGCGGCUUUAAGAAAAAGGAAACAAACUCGCAAGAACUCGCAAGACGUUUUGUCUUGCGAAGCAAGCCCAUAGGGAAAUUCGUCUUGCGGAACGACUCAAAAAACGGAAAACUCUUUCGUCUAGCGAGUUUUUCGUCUUGCGAGGCAUUCGUCUUGCGGGGCACCACUGUAAAACUUCCUAAGCCGACGGGGCCUCACACCUGUUAGCAAUUGUGGUGCGGCAUUUUGCAAUGACCACAGCUUCUGGAUCAAACGCAAGGGAAGCCCCACAGAGAGCGCAUUGCGGUAAUCCAGCCUCUCUGCCCUGCUGCCUGCAGCCCAGCCCAGAGCCCCCAAGGGAACGGCAUUGUUGGCCCCCGGUCAUCUCCCUCCCCUGUGCUUUGCAGACUGGCAGGUCUCCCGGCAACUAGGCGAGGCUUCCCAAGCCCAUGCCGCAAACAGCAGCGCCCUGGCCCAGAGGCUCAAACGCGCCGGGGAAGAGCUGAGGCGAGCACAGAGCAACCUGACCCUCCUGCAUCAGGACCACGGCAGACUGGAAGAGAAGAACCGGGAGAUGGAGACCAAUCUGACGCACGCCAGAUCUUGCCAGCAGAUCGGUAUGUCCAGUUUGCCCCUUUUUCCACCCCUGCUGAUCGCUGCCGCUGGGCAUCAUGGUGUAAUAGACAAAAAUCUGCCCUUACUCCCUUACAUAGCUGUCAACCGUCCCUUAUUUGGUGGGAAACUCCCUUAUCUCAGCGCCGUUUCCCGCUGCUGUCCUGGAUUGAUGAUGUCAAUUUCCCGGGUUUCCCAGCAGCUCCUCUCCCUCCCUCCCUGCCGGCCAGGGAGGAGGGAGGCUCCAACUGUGUUGCUUGGCUGUGUUGCUCACCCACUAUGGAGUCUGAGAACGACUGAGGGGUGGAGCUUGCAUGCCUUGUGCAGAUUAAAUCGGCCGCGUUGCCUGGGGCCUUUGCUCAGCGCUUCCCAGCGGAGAGCUGACGGUGGUUUUCCUUGCUGCAUUCCCUAUGCCGGGUUGCUGUGCUGUGGGAACCACCACUUGAGGCUUCGUUUGGCUGCUGGUUGACUGAAAUUCCUUAUUUUGGCUGCUGAUCCCUUAUUUUUGAGGCUGCUGGUCCCUUAUUUUCAAAUCUGUAAGUUGACAGCUAUGCUCCCUUAUGGGGGACACAAGAGCCCUUAUAGAGUCCUUUGCAGGUUCUCCAUCGGUCGAAGAAAAUAACAGAGGCCAAGCAGAGAAUAUUUUGAAGCAAAGCAGCUAGUAAGCCUGGUCUUUAUUGAUUUGUUGCAACAGGGUGCUCCCCUCGCAAGCAGGAAAGGAGGAGGAACCCCGAACCAAGGUGUGCCCGCCCUCAUAUAGACAUAUAAAUUCCCUGCCCUGGAGCUCAAGACCACCCCUCCAUACAUCGUACAUACAUCACAGAAUGGGUGUAACCCAAGACCACCAUCCCAGAUACAUCAUACCUACAUCACAGAAAAGGCGGGCUACAAUGGAAAUCUGAGUGCAUUGUUUACCUCCUGUCUGGCAGGUUACCUGUUAAUGCUUACUUGAUUGGAUACCCUGGGGAGCCCGGCGAGUCUUUUGUAAUGAUAAAUACAGUGGUGCCUCGCAAGACGAAAAGAAUCCGUUCCGCGAGUCUCUUCGUCUUGCGGGUUUUUUCGUCUUGUGAAGCAAGCCCAUUAGCGGAUUAGUGCUACAGUACUGUAUUAGCGGCUUAGCGGGCUUAGUGGAUCAGCUGAUAAGCGGCUUAACGAUAAGCUGAUAAGCGGCUUAAUGAUCAGCUGAUAAGCGGCUUAACGAUAAGCUGAUAAGCGGCUUAACGAUCAGCUGAUAAGCGGCUUAGCAUCAGCUGUUAAGCGGCUUAGCCAUCAGCUGAUAAGCGGUUUAGCGGCUUGGGAAAAAGGGGGGGGGAAGGAAAAAAACCCCGCAGGAACUCGCAAGACAUUUUCGUCUUGCGAAGCAAGCACAUAGAAAAUUCGUUUUGUGAAGCACCUCCAAAACGGAAAACCCUUUCGUCUAGCGGGUUUUCCGUCUUGCGAGGCAUUCGUCUUGCGGGGCACCACUGUACUUCAUUCCUGAGCCAGGUCACAGGAUCACCCUACUCAUACACAGACAUACCCUUAAGACAGGAUUUGUGAAUGAAAAGACAAUGGGGAGGCAUUUCCAUUUUCCUUCGACCUUGCAGAGCAAUAAUUUGGUCAGUUUGGGAGUCAAAAUGGUUUCAGGGCUGUUUUCCUGUGCUGCUUCAGACAUGUGGUUUAUAUAUAUAUAUAUUUUUAUAUGUAUGUACAUGCUUGCUUGGUGGUACAUUUAUGAACAUUUAAUAUAUAUAUAUAUAUAUAUAUAUAUAUAUAUAUAUAUGACCUUAAAUUUUUUAUUUCAAUGGAGUUGUAGUGUUGGAAGGGACCCCCAGUCAUCAUCUAGUCCAAACCCCUGCGAUGCAAGAAUCGCAGCUAAAGAAUCCAUGAGCGUCCAACCUCUCUUUAGAAACCUCCGAGGAAGGAGAGUCCGCCACCUCCCAAGGGAGUCUGUUCCACUGUCAAACGGCCAUUACCUUCAGAAACAUUUCCCUAACUUUCUCGGUUACCUCCUCAUUGCCUCUACUGGCCAGUUUGAGACGGGAAAUUCAGCAAGAGUUUCCUCUUAUGGGGCUCGAGGAGCCAAUGUGACCUUGCAGGGGGGCUGGACUGGAUGACUCUCGAGGCCCCUUCUAGGAUUCUGAGAGGUUGGAAACACCCCCAGGAAGGCUGCCAACUUCCCAAGUCAUCGGGGCAUCUCUCCGGUGGUCCUCCCUGGCUGUAAAUCUCCCUGAGUCCAGAGACACUGGUGAUAAGCGACCCCGCUCUCCUGAGAGGAGCACACUCGUCUUCUGGCAUAUCAUUGCAGAAGAAAAAGUCAACCAGUAGCUCUAAAACGACUUUGUUUACAGUCUAUAAUACAGAGACUCCAUCAGCACAUCUGUGCUCUUUGAGCAUCAGUAAAGGUAAAGGGACCCCUGACCAUUAGGUCCAAUCGUGGCCGACUUUGGGGUUGCGACGCUCAUCUCGCUUUACAGGCCGAGUGUGCUGGUCCCAUGGGUCAACCAAGAAACCAGGUCCGAGUCCAGUAAGGUCGAAGGUGCAAUAUGGAGGCAGUCCGUAAAAGCUGGAGCUGGGUGCAGCGCAGGGAGUCAGGUGAGGUCAGGGACGCAGGACAGGGUUCAGGUAGGAACUGCAACCUACAACAUUGCUCCCGCAACCUGGGACUGGGGCUGGCUGGCUUUUAUCUGCCCCGAGGCAUAGGGCGGCCCCGGUCCACAAGUGACUCGCCUCUCCUGGCCUGGAGGCGAGCACUCCUCCUGCGGGAACUUAGUUCCCUCCGCCUCUCUGCCCUGAGCCUCUGCAGCUCAGGAGAGGCUGGAGGGUUACUGGACCCAGAGGCAACCUCAGCUUCCUCUGACGGGGCUGAGAGUGGAGGACUUGCAGGUAAUGGGUCCUCCAUCACCUCAGGAGCCAGAGCAGACGCAGUUAGUGCCUGCACCUGAGGAUCCAGCACAGGUGAGGACCCUUCAGGCUCAUGCCCCAGCUCAGCUGGUUCUGGAGGCGGGACUCCUGUGCAGGCUGGGAUUCCUCAGGUUCAGCAUCCAAGUCCGAAUCCCAGGCCAUCACACCGAGGGAGCCGACGUUUGUCCGCAGACAGUUUUUCCGGGUCAUGUGGCCAACAUGACUAAGCUGCUUCUGGUGAACCAGAGCAGCGCACGGAAACGCCGUUUACCUUCCCACCAGAGUGGUACCUACAGUGGUGCCUCGCAAGAAGAAAUUAAUUCAUUCCGCGAGUUUUGUCAUCUUGCGAUUUUUUUCGUCUUGCGAAGCACGGUGUCGGGAAAGUUUUGGAAAAGCUUCAAAAAUCACCAAAGUCUUUAAAAACCUCAAAAAAGUUCUAUGAGUUGCUCCUCGAAGUCAAGUCGCAACUGUAUUAACGGUGUUAAGAAAAAGGAAACAAACUUGCAAGACGUUUCCAUCUUGCGAAGCAAGCCCAUAGGGAAAAUCGUCUUGCGAAGCAGCUCAAAAAACAAAAAACCCUUUCGUCUAGCGAGUUUUUUGUCUUGCGAGGCAUUCGUCUUGCGAGGUACCACUGUAUUUAUCUACUUGCACUUUGACGUGCUUUCGAACUGCUAGGUUAGCAGGAGCAGGGACCGAGCAAUGUCGCGGGGAUUCUAACCACUGACCUUCUGAUCGGCAAGCCCUGGGCUCUGUGGUUUAACCCACAGUGCCACCCACGUCCCACUACAGAACAGCAACACUUUCAGAAGUGAAACUAACUUCCAACCAUACUCAGACUUCCUGUCUCACUCUCACUCAGACACUCACAUGAUGUAUACAAAACACAUUACAGCAGUACCACUCGCUGGAGCAGCUCAGAUAGAUAAAAACCCUAACAUAUGCAUGGCCGCUGCAUUGCACCACGUACUAUUUCAGACAUGCGGAUGAUGCACUCAUUAGGCGCACUAUAUUUAGGACAAUUUUAUUAAUUUUCCCGUAACGGGGUGAUCCUUGCCCAGCAGAACCUGCACGCAAAAGACAUGUGCUCACACUUCCUGCGCUGUCUGUGUGACGGCAGCUGAGCGCUCUUCAUGCUCUGAUGCUCUAGCAAAUGUGGGCAAUGAGCUGCGUCUCUGCCUUCAUUUUUGUUGUCAAAACUGCCAUUUGUUCAUUUCUUCUUAGCUGCUGAUUUCUCCCUAAUGGCCACCACUCCUUUGUUUUACUUACCAGAAUCCCCUGGAACACUGGUUUUCAACAUUUUGAGCCCACAGCUUCCUUGACCAACCACAUUCUUUCUGCGGGGGGGCGGGGGGGCGGAAUCCCCACUUGCGCUGGGUUGGGGUUCGUGAAUCACCAGAAUGAGUUUCCCCUGUUCUGCCCCCACUGCAAUGGGAGAUUCCCCUCCUUUUACUAGUGCUUGCCAAACUAAGGAAUCUUUCCAUAUUGCUGGUAAAGGUAAAGGGACCCCUGACCGUUAGGUCCAGUCGUGGCCGACUCGGGGGUGGCGUCGCUCAUCUCGCUUUAUUGGCCGAGGGAGCUGGCGUACAGCUUCCGGGUCAUGUGGCCAGCAUGACUAAGCCGCUUCUGGCGAACCAGAGCAGCGCACGGAAACACCGUUUACCUUCCCGCCGGAGUGGUACCUAUUUCUCUACUUGCACUUUGAUGUGCUUUCAAACUGCUAGGCUGGCAGGAGCAGGGACCGAGCAACGGGAGCUCACCCUGUUGCGGGGAUUUGAACCGCCGACCUUCUGAUCGGCAAGUCCUAGGCUCUGUGGUUUAACUCACAGCGCCACCGACGUCCCGGAUGAGUCCAUAAUUGUUCCCAAACGAGCCCUGCCAACCUGCAGACGUAGCACAGACCAACUUCUGGAGCUUGUGGCCUCUGAACAAAUAGGAUCUCACCCCAUUGGCUGGGGGGUCUCUGAGGUGCCCUGAGCCCAGCUGGGAAGAGCUGUAGCCAAGACCCUCUCCUGGCCCUUUGUGUCUUCUUCCCAGGCUGCUGCCCCCCUCAGUGGAAGCUCUUUCGAUGGAAAUGCCUGUGGGUUUCAACAGAAAAGAGGACUUGGGCAGAAAGCAAGACUGACUGUGUGAAGAAGGAAUCCCUGCUGCUUGUUUUGAGAGAUCCCUGGAGUGCUGAGGAGCUGCAGCGUUCCCAAGUCUUAAUGGUCUGUUGAAAAAGGGUAGCAUGGCCUAAUGGGUGGGGUGAGGGAGGGAGGGGCUCCACCGUCAAUCCUGAAGGGGGAACUUGAAGGCCACUCCAUGCUCGCAGCACAGAAAGGGGAAAGGCGAGGGAAAUGUGGCGUUCACAGCCAAUCUUAAAAAGCGGAAGGGACCCUGCUGCAACUUUGCCACCUCUCUUGGGGCCGUCUGUUGAGGGAUGCAGACUGACUGCAGAUCAGAGCAGGAUUGGGCCCCUGCCUUCCUGCUUUUUCCCUUUAUGUCACUCCUCCUUGCCGCCUGCGAGAGCUGCGAAAUGAAGCAAGUAUAGUGUAUUUUUAAGUGUAUUUUUAGUGUAUUUUUUAGUAUAGUGUAUUUUAUAGUAUAGUAUAGUGUAUUUUUUAUAUGCCUGUUGUCUUUGUCCAUGGAGUUUUCUUGGCAGGGAUACUGGAGUGGCUUGCCAGUUUCUCCUCCAGGUGGAUCACGUUUGGUCAAAACUCUCCACUAUGACCUGUCCAUCUUGGGUGGCCCUGCACGGCAUAGCUCAUAGCUUCUCUGAGUUAUUCAAGCCCCUUCGCCACGGCGAGGUGGUCCAUGAAGUGAUCCAUGAAGGGGCAGUGAUCCAUGAAGGGGAUUUUUUGACCAAACUGCGGGAGGCAGUGGAAGACAGAAGUGCCUGGCGUGCUCUGGUCCAUGGGGUCAUGAAGAUUCGGACACCACUAAACGACUAAACAACAACAACAACAUAGUGUAUUUUAAAAUGGGGUUUCAGAGUUUUUAGGGGUUUCUGAAUGUUUUAUGUAGUUUUUCAAUUUCAUUGUUCUGUAUGGGACAAUGACAAUAAAGAUAUCGUAUAUCAUAAGGGGUGUGAUAAGGAUGUGCUAUUUUCGAGACUUCUGUCCUGUGGCUUCUCUUGUCCCAGAGCAGGAAACGCGUUCUCUCUCCCUACAGUUCUAACCCCAGGAAAGUAUGAUAUGAUAUGACAUGUUAUUAUAUGAUAUGAUAUCUUUAUUGUCAUUGUCCCAUACAGAACAAUGAAAUUGAAAAAUCUACAUAAGACAUUCAAAAACCCCUAAAAACUCCGAAACCCCAUUUUAUAAUACAAUAUACUACUAUAAAAAGGUAAAGGGACCCCUGACUAUUAGGUCCAGUCGCAGACGACUCUGGGGUUGUGGCGCUCAUCUCGCUUUAUUGGCCGAGGGAGCCAGAGUACAGCUUCCGGGUCAUGUGGCCAGGAGGACUAAGCUGCUUCUGGCGAACCAGAGCACUGCACGGAAACGCCGUUUACCUUCCCGCCGGAGCGGUACCUAUUUAUCUACUUGCAUUUUGAUGUGCUUUCGAACUGCUAGGUUGGCAGGAAAUAUACUCCUAUAGAGACCGCGUUAAGUAGCCGAACAGACAGCAGCAAAUUGCUCUGUGGGACCUCAACAAUGGCCCUCUUGUCUUUGGGGCGGCUGUGGGGAGGGACGGUUUCCCUCAGCUGUCUUCCUGAUGUGGCCCCGCUGAGAGGGAAAUUGAGUGAGCCCCUUGGAAGAAGGCGCUCCCACCCAGCCAUCAAACUAGCAGCCCCCUCUCUCAGUAGACAUGGCGUGAGGCUGGUCAUUCAGGACUCCAACGCUUUGCUUCUUCUCCUAACUCUAGAACUCUCUGCGUUCAACGCCAUUUUGGAUUGGGCUGAGAGGAGUAAGGGAAUGGGUGGAUAAUUCACACUAUUCAGGGUAAGUAGAGAAGCACCAAGCUGUUUGCCGCUUGCUAAGAAGCAGAACGUAACACAUCAUUCUGCCCAGACACUGAGGUCCAGCUCCAAGGGCCUUCUGGCGGUUCCCUCACUGCGAGAAGCCAAGUUACAGGGAACCAAGCAGAGGGCCUUCUCGGUGGUGGCACCCGCCCUGUGGAACGCCCUCCCACCAGAUGUCAAAGAGAAAAUCAACUACCAGAAUUUUAGAAGACAUCUGAAGGCAGCCCUGAUUAGGGAAGCUUUUAAUGUUUAAUAGGUUAUUGUAUUUUAAAAUUCUGUUGGAAGCUGCCCAGAGUGGCUGGGAAAACCCAGCCAGAUGGGCGGGGUAUAAAUAAUAAAUGAUGAUGAUGAUGAUGUGGUUCUGCCUCCUUUUAAUGCCCAGCCAGACUCGCAGAGGCCCACUGGCCAUUUGCAGGGAGCCUCCAAGGAGCAACAACUCACAGUGCAAAAUCACAUACCCUCCCAGUGCUCCCUUUUUCCAGUGACAGUCCAAGGUUCACAGAAGCCGUCGCAGUUUCUGACUUGAUCCUGGAAUGUCCUGUUUUUCCUUAGGGCGUUCCUAUUUUCAUUUAAUAAUAAUAAUAAUAAUAAUAAUAAUAAUAAUAAUAAUAAUUUAUUUAUACCCCGCCCAUCUGGCUGAGUUUCCCCAGCCACUCUUGGCGGCUCCCAAUCAAGUAUUAAAAACAAUACAGCGUUAAAUGUUAAAAGCUUCCCUGAACAGGGCUGCCUUCAGAUGUCUUUUGAAGAUAGGAUAGCUACUUAUUUCCUUCACAUCUGAAGGGAGGGCGUUCCACAGGGUGGGCGCCACUACCGAGAAGGCCCUCUGCCUGGUUCCCUGUAACCUUACUUCACGCAAUGAGGGAACCGCCAGAAGGCCCUCAGAAGUGGACCUCAGUGUCCGGGCUGAACGAUGGGGGUGGAGACGCUCCUUCAGGUAUACUGGGCCUUUGAGGCCGUUUAGGGCCUUAAAGGUCAGCACCAACACUUUGAAUUGUGCUUGAAAACGUACUGGGAGCCAAUGCAGAUCUCUCAGGUCCGGUGUUAUGUGGUCCCAGUGGCCGCUCCCAGUCACCAGUCUAGCUGCCGCAUUCUGGAUUAAUUGCAGUUUCCGGGUCACCUUCAAAGGUAGCCCCAUGUAGAGCACGUUGCAGUAGUCCAAGCGGGAGAUAACCAGAGCAUGCACCACUCUGGCGAGACAGACUGCGGGCAGGGAGGGCCUCAUCCUGCAUACCAGAUGGAGCUGGUAGACAGUUGCCCUGGACACAGAACUGACCUGCGCCUCCAUAGACAGCUGUGAGCCCAGAACGAAUCCCAGGCUGCGCACCUGGUCCUUCAGAGGCACAGUUACCCCAUUCAGGACCAGGGAGUUGUCCACACCUGCCCUCCCCCUGUCCCCCCCCAAAAACAGUACUUCUGUCUUGUCAGGAUUCAGCCUCAAUCCGUUGGCUGCCAUCCAUCCUCCAACCACCUCCAGACACUCACACAGGACCUUCACCGCCUUCACUGGUUCUGCGUUAAAGGAGAGGUAGAGUUGGGUGUCAUCUGCAUACUGAUGGAGAAAUGUUGGAGGGUCAUGAAGUGAAGGGAAGUCCAAGGCUCGGCGGAGCCCAAAAUAACUGUGUACUAUAUAUAUGAUUCUUGUAACAGCUAUGUUAUAUGCAACUUCUGUAAUCUAGACUGUAUAUAUGUAUAAUCAAUGGAAAACUAAUAAAAAUUUAUAAUGAAGGGGGGGGGAGAGAGAAAUGUUGGAGGGUCUGGUGUUAUGCAACCCCAGAGUCAAGGAGAUAAAUAACUAUGCAACCUUUAGAAAACACCAGAAGGCAGCCCUGUAUAGGGAAGGUUUUUUUAAAAUGUUUAAUGUUUUAUUAUGUUUUUAUAUACAGUCGUACCUUGGCUCUCAAACAGCUUGGCUCCUGAACAAAUCGGUUCCCGAAUGACCGAAACCUGGUUUUCGAACAAUUUUUGGAAGCUGAACGUCCAGCACGGCUUCUGAUUGGCUGCAGGACGCUCCUACAGCUAAUUGAAAGCAGCACCUUGGUUUUUGAACGGUUCCGGGAGUCGAACGGACUCCCAGAAUGCAUUCUGUUGGAGAACCAAGUUACGGCUGUAUGUUGGAAGCCACCCAAAGUGUCUGGGUCAACCCAGUCAGAUGGACGGGGUAACAACAACAACGAUGUAAUAGGACGUCCCUAUUUUCAUUGGAGAAAUGUUGGAGGGUAUGAAAAUAAGUAUUGGCCCUGGAAGAGCUCAUCCAAACUUGCUCGUGCAAGGCCACUUUUCCCCAGGGAUUUACUGCUGAAUCGGAGCAAAUGUCAUUUCGGUUUUCUCUGGACUGACGUUUGCUCCAAAUUCUCACUAAUGAGCUGGUUUUUCCCCAUGGAAAGUGGUGGGGCAGGGGCACUUGGACCCAUGCCUAGAAAGCGCAGGGCAAGUGGGAAAUAAUAAUAUAAUAAUAAUAAUAAUUUAUUAUUUGUACCCAGCCCAUCUGGCUGGGUUUCCCCAGCCACUCUGGGCGGCUUCCACAAAGACCAAAAAUAUACUAAAAUGUCAUACAUUAAAAACUUCCCUGAACAGGGCUGCCUUAAGAUGUCUUCUGAAUGUCAGGUAGUUGUUUAUCUCUUUGACAUCUGAUGGGAGGGCGUUCCACAGGGCGGGCGCCACUACCGAGAAGGCCCUCUGCCUGGUUCCCUGUAGCUUUGCUUCUCGCAAACUGCUUGGACCCAGGCCUUAUAGAUAUGGGGCCAGAGGGAGUGGAGAUGAGCCCAGGGCAGCUGAUCUGGGUCACAUUUGAGCUGUUUGGAGAUGCUCAAAUCUGGCUUCCAAAGUCACUACAGAUAAUUCAGAAUGUGAGCAUUACAAAUGGCAAGGCAAGCUGUCACCUUUUUGCUUUGUUGAUUCAUUUUCUUUCAGACCUCUGAAACAUAAACCUAAUAAGGACUGUGUGCAAGUGAGCCAAGAAGGCCUGAAACAAGAAUCCUGUGGCAGAAAGUCUCUGUACAUCUGUCAAAAGAUAGCCAGGUCCAGUCCCUGGUCAUGAACAGCUGAGAGUCAGAAGCUUUUUUGAUCUGCUGCAAAUCACCCAGAGAUCUUGCAGGAGGUCCAGAUCUGUCUCCUCCUAACCCCUGGUCUGUCUGGUGGUGUGACCGCUCUUCUUUUAGAAGAUGCUCCUGGCCCCAGCCCACGCACACACCUUUCCCAGUAUUCAAACGAAGGCUAAAGACAGCAAUCGAUAUCUGUGUUUUUAUGAUACUGCCUAUUUUGUAAAGAGUUUAAAAUAAACUGCUUAUUUCAGAAUAAA